GCCCAUAAAUAUAUAUCGACAAAACCUACACCAAGCAUUGCAGCCUUCCAAGAAUUCAUUUGCUACACUAUUACUUAACCAAAUACACCAUGUAACCAAGGAUUUCAUCUCUCUCCCUCUCUCUCAUCAUCGUCAACAAACACAUCUUCUCUCACUAAAAUAGCAAUUUCCUGAUAUGUCAGUCAAAAAACUCCCCUGUCGCCUUUCCUCUUUGGCUUUUUUAAGUAUUAUCUCUACUUCCACUUUCACCGCAUCCUUCAAUCAUACAUAGAUUCACCUUAAUUUCAUGCUGCAAAAAAUAUUUAUCACCCAAAAUCCCAGUCUCUCUCUUUCCAACUCAAACUAAACCCUAGCAAGCUACGACCUUCCCAAAAUUUUCAUUUCUAGUAAAAAUCCAUUUGCCCUAGCACCUGAUUUCUUCUAUUUUUGUUUUCCCUUUUUCUGACAUAUAAAAAUCAGUGUGGCAGUCAUGGAUGUGGAGUGCCCCAACUCGGGCAGCAGCAGCAGUAACAACAACAACAACAACAACAGCUCCUCCGCGGCGGCGGCGACGCUGAGCCGGUACGAGAACCAGAAGCGGCGCGACUGGAACACGUUCGGGCAGUACCUGAAGAACCACCGGCCGCCGCUGUCGCUGAGCCGGUGCAGCGGAGCCCACGUGCUGGAGUUCCUCCGGUACCUGGACCAGUUCGGGAAGACGAAGGUGCACAACCCCAUCUGCCCCUUCUUCGGGCACCCCAACCCCCCCGCCCCCUGCCCCUGCCCGCUCCGCCAGGCCUGGGGCAGCCUCGACGCCCUCGUCGGCCGCCUCCGCGCCGCCUACGAGGAAAAUGGCGGCAAGCCCGACACCAACCCCUUCGGCGCUAGGGCCGUGCGCCUCUACCUGCGCGAGGUGCGCGAUCUGCAGUCCAAGGCCAGGGGGGUCAGCUACGAGAAGAAGAAGCGGAAGCGCCCGCCGCCCCCGCCGCCGCCUCCCCCCGGCCCCGGUGAAGGUUUAUGACUCGUUAAUUAGCAUGCAAGUCCUCAUCUCAUGCCCCCCUAGCUACCUCUUUUUUUAAUUCCUUAUCUUCCAUCACCUUAAUUUAGAUAAUAUUGUAGUUUGGAUUUGGGGGUUGCUUAAAUUUAUGAUCUCGGAAAAAUAGGGGAAAAAACUGUUGCAGUUUUAAUUCCAUCAACAGUUGCUGUCCGGAAAAAGGUUGUUGGAAUAGUAAUAUUAUGAUGUAUCAUUUCUCAUAAAUUUCUGGUGUUUGAUCUAUGCGUCAGAUUUUCGUGUUGGGCUUAUUGAUAGCAAUAUGCAUUCCCAUUUCUGCAAA